AUGGAUACAACUCUCGAAUCGUCUCAAAGUCCUUUGGAUAAAGCUAUGAUUGAUGGUGGAAUUGUAAACAACUCACCCGCCACCUCAACCUAUCACGAAAUGCAGGUCGUUACUCCCGCCGCAAGUUCUGUUUCGAUUCAAAGUUCUUCGGACGAAGGAAAGACUAGCGGCAAAACUAUCACAACUCCGCCCGAGACCCCUUUCUCUGGCAAUACCGAGUCAAAUACUAGAAAAUCGGCUCCUUCCUUAUCGGCAUCAUCGUCCCCCACAUCUAGUUGCAACACUCCUGUGUUGCCAUACUCAUUCGAUUUUCUUGACAGCAUAGCAGCCGUAGAUUCAUACGCCGCGGCACCGCAUCCACGGACAUACACUCACCAGCUUCCGACUUCUAGCAUUCGCACUCCAAUUGCUAGGAAAUGUGGAAGAUGCGUCACAGGCUCUGAAUUCAAGACUUGUAGUCAGAGUGUGUGUGAUGACUGCAUAAAGAAUGGUCAUGGAAGCGCCACUGAUGUAUCAAUCUUUCGUGCCCGCUUGCUGGAGGAAUAUGACCAAUUUCCAUUUUCCAUAAUGGUCAAUGCUACAACUAAAAAUCCGGCAACUGGCAAUGCUGUCAUCGGUGACGAUAGCGAAGCUACAAGUAGUUACGAUAGUGAUGCUACAAUCUCUAUCGCGAGUGAUUAUUAA